AUGAGCCCAAGCUACGCCAACACUAUCGACAAGUUCGUGGAAGACAACUACUUCCACUGGGAGUUCAACAUGCGGAUGAAGCUCGCUCGCAAGGGUCUGCUUGCGCAGAUCAUCAAGCCCAAGUUCGACCAAGUGAGCGACCGCUCCACGGUCGAAUGGAAGACCAACGAUUUGAAAGUCCUUGGUGAUAUCGCUGGAGACCGUGGACGUUGCUCGAAGAGCACUUCAACAAGAAGAACGCUCAAGAACCUGUUCUUCGUCAUCAAGAAGCUGCACAGCUUCAAGAUGGAGCCCGGUACGAAGUUCGCUGUCCAUGUGGACAAGUUCAAGAAGCUGGUCCUGCAAAUGGAGUCAAUUGGUGAGCCCCUGGACGAGAUUCGGCAGCUCGUGCUACUACUCGGAAGUCUAACUGACGAGUACAGUAAAUUGACGACAGUGUUGGAGAACACGCCCAACGUGACGCUCGCUUAG